GGCGAGAGGCGGGGUCCACCCUGGACAGGUCACAUAGGAAGUAGUCUGUUAUUUUCUGUGUGAGCCAGCUGAGACAGUGACGGCCCUGUAAAUAACCCGGCCUCUGUAAAAAUGUGGAAACUGAGACGGCGUGGGAAGAUUCAGGGGAAUGCUUUGUCUACCUUCAGUGAUAGUAAUCGAUGUAUCCAUCAGCACAGAUGGAGAAUGCAGGAAGCAACAAUGUGGCCUGCAAAUAAAAGACGUGUUAUUGGCCAAGGAGGCUUGACGUGAAUGGAGCUCUACUGGGUCCUAAUGCCCGCCCAGGCUCUGACAGCCAGCCACCUCAGUUGGAGACUGCUAAUAUCCUCCAGUGGUAACAGGGUUUUACAGGCUGUUUAUUUUUGUGAGAAACUGCUUGUGUAUGUGGGGAUGUCCUCAGGCAAAUGUAGAAGUACUCCCUGGAGUAUAGCUACGAUUUCCCCUGGUUAGGAAUCACUGAAGGCUAUUAGAUCCUUAACACGUAAGUAAUGGUUAUUAUGGUUAAUGCACUUCUGCUAAGGAUCAUAAAUUAGGACUUGAUGCAGCAGCCCGCCACAGUACCAGGCUCCUGUCGGAGGCGGACACUAUGACCCGGCUGCUCCCUCCUCCAUGCAGCAGCAGCGCUGUCGCCACCAGAGGAGGACGACAAAUCUGCAGCUCACAGAAUGAAGAGAUCAAAAUGAUGCUGCCUGUAAAAAGGGAUUAAACGGAAGCAAUCUGUCGCCAGCUGUGUCUGGGCGCCACCUCGCUAGGCUCGGCUGCUGGUGGAUAACACAGAUUUGCCACCAGGGGUUGCGAAAGGAGACAUGCCGUCGCUGAGCACCCGUUGCGACGCUUGACUGACCAUGAUGAAGACCGAACCCACAUCCAAGAGCACCGGCUCUGGUUCUACGCUCAGGAGCCCAUCCCCGCACAGAAACGCGUACGAGGCGGGGAUGCAGGCCCUGAAACCCGUCAAAGACAAUGCUGCGAAUGGGGACGUGCAGGAGGGCCCCCGAGGGCGCAGGUACGGCUCCAACGUGCACCGUAUCAAAAACAUGUUCCAGCAGAUGCAGACAACAUCUCCAGCCGAUGCAGAAGGAGAGGACGGAGCCAGAAACGCUGACAAAUCGGUACGCCUGUCCCUACCCAGAGCCGGGAGUCUGAAUGAGAACGUGGACCACAGCGCGCUCCUGAAGCUCGGAUCCACCGUGUCCGAGCGCGUCAGCAAGUUCGACACCAAAUCGGAGAACGGGCACCAGCGGGCCUCGUCGCCCAGCUACUCCAAGCUGCAGGAGACCCGUCGCAUCUUCGAACAGCAGCAGGAGAAGCAGCAGCAGGAGAAGCUGGGCACCCCCAGAGCUCCUCUUGAGGGCACCAGUGAGGCGGUGUCCCCUACAGUCAGCCAGCUCAGCGCUGUGUUUGAACGGGCAGCAGAGCUCCGGAACAACCUCCACCGCCUUUCCUCUACCCCACCGCUCCCUUCCCGAGGGGUCAGCGCCAAGGUGGGCGUAUUGAACUCCAAAAUAAUCACAAAGAAGGUUAGUGCCUUUGCAGCAGGCAACCAGGAAGAAGAGAAAAGCAAUCAGAAGGGCCAAGAGGGGCCUCCAAGGGGCCCCAGGGGGAGGGUAACUCCCCCUUCUGAAAGCAUUAAUGGAGGCCAGAGUGUUGGCCAAAACACACCUGAACUUUACAGUACUGUAGGGGAGCCAAAUGAAAAGACAGUUUCAGAUGCAGGCGUUGAGGCCAAAGCUAAGGAACACUCUGGGGCCACGGAGCCUAGCAGCACAACACUGCAAGGUGACAUCCGCAUCUCUGUGGAGAAUGGAGAAGCUGUUGCUGAGAAGCAGAGCUCUUCAAAGGGAGGAGAUGUGCUCAGGCAGGAGGGGGAGACGGCCGAGGAUGCAGAGGAGGAAGACAGGACUCUCAGAGAUGACCAGUCAGGCUGUAACUCUGUAGAUAUCAGUACCUACAGCACAGUGGGGGAGGAGUUUGGAGGAAGCCAGGUAGAUGAGGAAGAAGAUGAGGGUGAUGAUCGCUAUGAACCUGAGUCCAGCUGUGUGGAGAUCGCUGGGCUGCCUGUGGAGGAGGACCCACCCCCUUCCAGGAAGAUUCGUUUCAGCAUGGAGCCCAUCAAGGUGUUUGCCACUUACCCCAACGAGGACUAUGACAGGCGUAAUGAAGAUGUAGAUCCCAUGGCAGCAUCUGCUGAAUACGAGCUGGAGAAGAGGGUGGAGAGGCUGGACCUGUUCCCCGUCGAGCUGGAGAAAGAUGGCGAUGGCUUGGGCAUCAGUAUCAUCGGGAUGGGUGCGGGGGCUGACAUGGGCCUGGAGAAGCUGGGCAUCUUUGUCAAGACAGUCACAGAAGGGGGAGCAGCACACAGAGAUGGCAGGAUCCAGGUGAACGAUUUGAUUGUGGAGGUGGACGGGACCAGUUUGGUGGGCGUCACCCAGAGCUUUGCUGCCUCCGUACUCAGGAACACCUCAGGAACUGUCAAGUUUGUGAUUGGGCGAGAGAAGCCGGGUGAACAGAGCGAAGUGGCCCAGCUCAUCCAGCAGACCCUGGAGCAGGAACGCUGGCAGAGGGAGAUGAUGGAGCAGCGCUACAACCAGUAUAUGGACGAACAAGAGGGUGGUGAAUAUGGCACAGAUGAGGAAGAGGAUGAAGAAGAAGAGGUCAGUCCGCCGUAUCCCAGUGCCAUCGAAGUGUUUGACUUGGCGGAGAAUGAGGACAUGUCGCCUCUGGAGACAGACCCUGAGAAACUGGCCCAUAAAUACAAAGAGCUCCAAAUAAAGCAUGCUGUGACUCAGGCUGAAAUCCAGCAGCUGAAAAGAAAGCUGCAUCAUGCGGAGCAGGAGAAGCAACGCUGGCGAAUGGAUAAGGCCCAGCUGGAACAGACCCUGCAGGAGAACAAGGAGCGUAUGGAGAAGCUGGAGGGCUACUGGAUGGAAGCUCAGAGCCUGUGCCAGGCAGUGGACGAGCACCUGAAGGAAACACAGGCCCAGUAUCAAGCCCUGGAGCGCAAGUACAGCAAAGCCAAACGCCUGAUCAAGGAAUAUCAGCAGAAGGAGAUUGAGUACCUGAAGAAGGAGACCCAGCGUUGUGCACAAGUUGGGGCUGAGGCCUCUCUUCUGAAAGAGGAGUCUGGACAACUCCAGGAACAGGUGGCUGACCUGGAGUGCAGGGUCGAGGAGCUUAAAUCUGAACCUUUAUAAAAGCCUUUUUCCAUUACAUAUCUCAUGAAAGAACUUCACCAGGUGAAGUAGAAGACAGUGUUAUUGUACUCGAAAUGAACUGCAGGGUAUUUCUCGUCUCCAGCCCGGGCUUGGUUUCUGGUCGCAUACUGUAAAUGUGUCCUCAGGCUUUGUAUUUCAGCCACUUAAACAUUUUAACUCUUUCUGUUAACAUUUAUGGGGAUGUGAAGAAUGCUCUUAUCAUCACAUACACAGACUCUGCUGAGGUCUAGAUGUACUGUCUCUUUUUCAUUUUCAGACUUCAGUAUUUACUCCCUUCAUUUGUGGUUUUGUGACAGACCAGGCUGUUGCUUUUAAUUGCCAAAACAAAAUUGUUUUCUUUCACCUAGUUUUGUGACCUUUCUGAGUUUGUACAGAUGUGAUACUGUGUGAUUUAACAAUCAGUUUGGUUUGUAAAAAUUUUUAAUGUGUAUAACAUUUAACAUAAUAUAAACUAAUGAGAUUGACAGGUGUAUAUUUUGUGAGAAAGAUGUGUAAAUUGGAAGACUGCACUGAAGAGGACGUCAAUACGGUGCUUCAACGGAGUGAAGGAAUGUUUGUGGAACAUUGUUUGAGCUGUCUUUGAAAUUGUACAAAUAGUAACCCAACCUUCAUAGAGAUCUUGUCACUUAACUUUGAGAACCAACUGCUGCCUACCUUUCAGAAGUGUUUGUGUAUUUUUUACACAAUCAAGACUCACUAAUGAGCAACCGGUCCUCUGGUUUCAGCUCACUUCUUUCAUAAAACAAACAAACAAAAAAACAAAAGAAGAAAAAAGGACCACAGAAACAAGCCUCCACAACUGCUGUGCCACAAAUAAAAACGGAUCAUCUUUCCCCUCAAAAUGGAUGUUGGCAAGGACUUUUAAAGUGGUUUUAGUCAGGACUACUGACAUGAAACAUUACUGGACUGGGAUGCUGAAGUACUUGUUACCAGUAGUUUGAGAUUUAAACAGCUUGCGUCUCUAACCAGCAGCUGCACUUAACACUGCUACGUGUAGCACAUGGAAAACACUGCCAGGUUUCUACCUGUUUGAAUUUACGCACAGUUCAAAACGAAACUGAAUCUACUUGUUGUCAACUGUUACACCAGUAUGUUUGUAUAGUUCAGGUAAGACUGAAAUAUUUUAAUUUUACUUAAUAUUUAUAAUAUAGUCAAGAUGGAAAGAUGAGCUAACAAGGACAAAAACAAUGUUCGACAGACAAAGCUAGAUUGUAAUGUAAAAAAAGUAGAUCUGGAUGACAAUAACUACAAUUGAUGAGCUGAAAAAAAUAGGCAUGGUUAUGAGUAUUUUCAUAAUAUUAAGGCCUGUACAGUGCAUAUGCUUUGCAUUGUAUGUUUUGUGGAAUAAAUGGUCAACAGUGA